AGAGUCCAAUGGAUAUAAGCACAAGAAAUGGUUCAUUUUUGAAUAGUAUCGGAUUUCUUCGGAAUAUAUUACCAAGAGAUUAGAACUCAAGGCAGGCGAUGCCAAUGCCAUAGAGGAAUAUCUUCUGGGGCUGGGAUUGUCUUCAUCAGUUUCUCUUCUUUCCUUCUCUUUAUAUACUUCAGAAGUCUUAUUUCUAUGGCUACCUUACUAGCCAGAGCAUUUGGCUCCAUUAUAUCUGUCAUCGCAUCCUGUUUUUUUGGCUACCGAGACAACAAAAAAGGCUUCAGCAACAUCAAUUACUACAACAUGCCUAAGGGUCGACCACUUUCUUUGCAGACUGUGGACCUCAAAGUCAGAAUGUGCUGCACUGGCUGCGAGAGAGUAGUCAAAAACGCCAUUUACAAGCUUAGAGGGAUUGAUUCGGUGGAAGUGGACCUGGAAAUGGAAAAGGUAACCGUGAUCGGGUACGUUGAUCGCAACAAGGUGCUGAAACAAGUGAGGAGGGCUGGAAAGAGGGCCGAGUUCUGGCCCUACCCUGAUCCUCCUUUGUACUUCACCUCCACCAACGAAUAUUUCAAAGACACAACAAACGAGUUCAAAGAGAGUUACAACUAUUACAGGCAUGGCUACAAUCUUGGACACAGGCAUGGCAACAUCCCAGUGACUCAUCGCGGAGAUGACAAGGUCAGCAACAUGUUCAACGACGACAAUGUCAAUGCCUGCUGUCUCAUGUAAAAAACUUACGAACUAUUGUAUGUACCAUCCAUUUCCAUCAUCAUGUAAAGUAAUACUAUCUAUUUGCAAUAACUCUCCAGUGUGAAAAGAAUUUAUCAGUGAAUAUAAAUUGUUCCGUGAAUUCAUGCUAAA